AUGAUUGCUCUCAUUGAAGCUGACGGUUUCCCUAUCAAGUUUGCCAGUUGUCGAAUCCUUAUCUCUUUAUCAUCAUGUGACGACAGGUUGCCACAAUGUUCUGUACCUUCUCCUCUAUGGGAUGUUUUACAAGUUGUGGGGGACACUCUGGGUAUAGACAAGAGUACAGUGUCUAGGAUCAUCUGCGAUGUGACCGAUGUCCUAGUGGCAGACCACCUCCAUGGUGUAGUGCAAGUGGCAAAGCGUAACAUUUACAUUUCAUGGCUGACUGACAAUCAACACCUUCGCAAAAAUGAAGACGGCUUCUUCGUGCUUGAAGGUUUUCCCAAAGUAAUUGGAUAUGUAGAUGGGACACAUAUUCGUAUACAAGCACCUUCCUAAGAUGAACCUGCAUAUGUAAACAGGAAAGGAUAUCACAGCAUAAACGUGCAGGCUGUGUGCGAUCACGAAGGAAAAUUCACAAACAUUUGUGCCAAAUGGCCCGGGGCUGCUCACGACAGUUACAUCUUCAGAACCUCGUCACUCUGCGCACUCAUAGAGAGGACCCACACCUCUAUCUCUGAUGGCUUCAUUUUGGGAGACAAUGGCUACCCCUGCAGACCAUUCCUGCUGACCCCCUACCUCAACCCACAAGGACGACAUCAACAACGUUACGACUCUCUGUGUGCUUCAAGGGUCACUAUUGAGAAAACGUUUGGUCGGUGGAAGAGACCAGUCUGA